ACUGGUGCCCCGCUGACAGAAUAUAAAAGCCUGGUUGUCUGAGUGAGGGUCCCACUCUCGGUCUUCUACCAUCCACCACAGCGGCAGCAGCAGCAGCCAUGAACACGCUUACCAUCGCCGUGCUGGCCGCCUGCGCCCUGAGCGUCAGCUGCCAGCUGAUCGCCGCCCCCGUGGAGGUGCCCCAGCCGUACUCCUUCGGCUACGUCUCCAACGACAUCGAGGGUAGCCACGGUCACGAGGAGACCGGUGACGGCAGCGGCCGCGUGUCCGGCCGUUACUCCCUGAGCCUCGGUGACGGACGCACCCGCGUGGUCACCUACGUGGCCGACGAGUUCGGCUACAGGGCCGACGUGGUCACCAACGAGCCCGGCACCGAGUCCAGGCCGGCAGCCGACACCACCUUCACGUCGAGCGCCCUGUCCGGUCCCGAUGCCGCCCACGCCGCAGAGGGCGCUCUCCUCGGUGCUCCCUUCAGGGCCUAAGGAGGGAAGCGGGAAAUCUUCUUGAAGCCACACUGUUCCUUAGAACUCUCACGACUUCCUUGUCUUCUGUCGACCACCGCUGUACGCCUUCCUGCUGGGCAUGAAAUCCCUUAACCGGACAGCGCCGCUGCCUUAGUUCGCGUCUUCAGACUAUACACGAGGUCCUGCGUUACUUCUUUUCUAACCAUGAGGGUAUUGUGCUGCCCGUUACUUUCUUUUUUUCUUUUUGUGUCUCUCCUUUUUCGUGUUCCUGUUCUACUUUCGUCGCUAUACUUUGUAGGCCCCUGCUGUAUUACACUGUAUGGUGACCACGCACCGCUGCUGGUGCGCAUCUUAUCCAAUUAUCGUUCCUCGCUGUAUGUUUCCUCUUAGAUUACGCUUCUUAUUCACUCCGUCCACUUUUCACUAGAUAUCGUUUCAGUCUUUGCAGCCGUGUACUUAUGUGCCGAACUUCCGUGUCGCUAUUACUCCCGUACUCUUUCUUUAUUGUUGUUUUUUUUGUUUGUUUCGUUUAAGUGCCUGCUUUUGUGUGUGUCUCGUUUGUCGUAUAUGUGAUGAUACUAUUUAUUUGCUCCGUAUUCGCAUAUAUAGAGAUUUGCUUGUCGAUGUCAUGUGCAUGCAGGGUUUGUUUUCAAUUUAUUUAUUCUUGUUUUCUGUUGAAAAAAAGAACGUGUUCGUUUAUUACUUUGCGUUUUUUACCCACCUCUCUUCGUGCAAUAAAGUGUGGCCUAGAAGAGUAA